AGAUGGCGCAAGGGACCCUCAAAUCCAAGAAACUCACAACCGCGACUGCGAAAACAUCUCGCAAGCCGACCGUGCUGGGGCCGAAGAAGGGCGCGAGGACGAUUGCGCCGCGGAAGCAGGUUUUGGUCAGGAAUAAGGGGAUGGUGAAGAAACAUUCAGCGGGCUUGACGGCAAUGACGGAGCGGACGCUCGGUGCUAAGGCGGGACAUCUGGAGUUGUUGAAGGGGGGGAAGAAGAAUAAGGAUUUGAAGGGGAAAGAGAUUAAGAGCAAGGAGGGCGAGGUUAAGAGGGGGGGGAGUAAGAAGUUUGGUUGAAGGGUGGUGGAGGGAGAUGUGUUUGAAUGACGAUGUCUGGGUAUUGGGGAUAAUUGCACCGAGUGCGUCCCUGGAGGCUGGAGGAGAUGUUGAGUGUGAGUUGAAUGGUCGCAUGUCGGCGGACAGAGAUGAUGUGAGGGAUUUGAGAAGCCAAGGAGUAGCUUGUGAAGCUGUGGGGGGUCGAGGUUAAGGACGAGUUUGUAGGGGAUUGAUGGCAAUGGAAGGACGAAUCAGAUAUCCGUUGCACAAGAUUGCCGAAGCCUCCUUUCCAGUUUCAAUGGGAUGGGCUGCUCAACCCCGCAUCUUCCCAAACAUACGAGAGAAUUCUCCACAGACGGGCUGGAUCUCACAGUUGAGUCAUGCCCCGGCUCACUUGGUGCCGGCGGCCUGCAGCGAGUUGUCCAGACUCAACGAGGUGCUUCCACCAGCCGCGUCAAAACUUGCAG